AUGCCGCCCUUCUUCAAGUCGAACCACCUCAAGCUGAUUGACGCGUGCUACGCCGUCGACCUCGGCUCGGGCACGACGACCGAGCUGCCCGGCGCGGUGUCCAACUCGCUCGGCAAGCUCACCUUCUACGCCUCGGGGCGUCCCAAGAAGAUCCCCAAGGUCACGUCCGUACUGCUCGAACGGGCCGAGAAGAUUGCGCGUGCAGCCCAGUCCGGUGGGGUCAACAGCAAGGCCCGCGGUGGGCUCGCGGUGACGCUGGACGUGAUGAGGGCCCUCGUCGUCGAAUGUCGAGACGAGCUGUCGUGCUUCGUGGCGCAUGCUCUUCGCUGUGUCGAGCUGGGCUUGACCAGGAACAAAACGCAGCAGAGGGACGUGCCGCUCGAGGCAAAGGCAGCCUCAUUGGUCAGUUCUGCCGCGUGGCUCUCACUCGUGUUCCCCAGCCCCACAAACGCCCCCCCGUCCCGGCCCGCUCCCGUCCCUCAUUGUCCGUACUGACUUGGCCCAUGUUCGUUCUCCGUGUGCAUCCAGUUCAUCGCCGUAUCGAUCUACUCAACAGCUCCCUUUCAAAGCCUCAACGAUGAAGCCGGCAAGCUGUAUCUGCGCUGUGUGGCGCUCAUCUCGUCACUCGCCCAGCUUACCGGCGACCAAACCAGGUCAGUCACUGCGGCUGCUUCAAUCUUACUAAAGUCGUGAAUAUAUGACCAAUCUCAAGAAACUUUUUGGUGUACAGCGGCUCGAGACUGGUCGCACUGCAGGCUAUCAAAGGGACGGUCACGUCCGAGCUUCUAUACUCGGCUUCGUCCGACUAUGACAGUCUCGUCGAAGAGAUCGCACCGGCUUUGCUGCACAACGUCAUCGACCUUCCCUCAGACCAACUCACGAAGCAGUAGGUUGAUUUUGAGCAACUUUGUACGACUCCAAUCGAUGCCAACUAACGUUUCACCGCACCUCACCUUCGUCAGCAUCUCUGCCGAUGACGAUCCCGACUCCGCGUUUUCGACCGUCAACGUCGGACCCUUGGCCGAUCGGAAAGUACGAGAAAUCGAACCGUCCAAUGAGCCCUCAAGCGGUCAGGUCGGCAAGGAAGCGCUCGACAUCCUCCGCUCGCUCGCUCAUUUGUCGCACGGAGCCCAGCUCUCGUCGAUGCUGACCGCGAUGGGCAACUAUCUCGAUCGAGCUCGUGGCGGCGCUCUGUGGAAGGAACGUACACUCGUCACUUGGUUGGGCAAAACGAUCAUCGCCGCAUGCCCCGUUCAAUAUCGAGCGACCGUGGUGGGGUGGUGGUUGGAUAUGAUCGUCGAGAUCGACGACACCGACGCGACACCGAAAUCCGAAGCGCUGCUUUACACGCUUGCGCAAAUCUUGCGGGGUCCUACAAGUCUCGUGGGGCUUGGAAUUGGUGGCGUUCUGAACCAGUUGACGUCGCUCGUCGUCAAGAGGUGCCCGUGGGGUGACAAGGAUCCUCUGACGAAGCCAUUACUGGCGACCAUCUCUUCAUUGGCUUCGUCGCACGUUUACUACGUCGACCAGGUCAAUGACAUCGUCUCGGACCUGAUCGAGGCACUCCGAUCCGUUCGCGACGGCGCCGGGGUCGCAGCACGCCUCAACGAACGCGAGCGCUUCCGUGCCUUGCGACAGCUCUCCGGUGCGCUCAAGCAAGUCUUGCUUGAAGCAGCCAAGUCGAGUGACUCGGUCAAGAUCGCCGUACCUGUCAAAGCGAACGGUGUCAACGGUCAUGACACGAAGAGUAGAACCGUCUCGACAACCGGUCAAAAGGACGACUUCGGUCGACCCAAGAUGCGCGUUGCCGAAGCCGGGAAACGGAAUCGCAUCUCCCCCGAGGUCUUUAUGGGGUCCUUGUUCCUCCUUACACAAAACGACGCCAUCGCUCGAACGGACUAUGAGCGAGCGCUCCUGCUCUACGUCGCGAACGAGUUGGCGAUCCCCGAAGACGAGGAGGACGUUGCGACGGAUUCGACAUCGAGCUUUGCCAAGUUCUGUCGAGCCUUAUUCACCUCGAUUCAGGAGUUAGCUCUUUCACCUAUACUGCGGCCCGCUGUCAAUAACUAUGGACGGGCUCUCUCGAGAAGGACCUCGGGUGCCGCUUCCGUUCGUUCGAGGAGAUCGCGCAGGAGAAGGUCAUCGUCUGCUGUGGCCGAUUCGCUCUCCUCCGUCGCUUCGGCUGCCGACUAUGCGGCCUUGAUCGAGAUCCUGCGGUCCUUCAUUGCGCGCAAAUCGGCGACGGCCGUCGUCAACGUCGUGCCCAUGUUGAUCGCUCUCCAGAAGAGUGCCGCGCGGUGGGGAUCCACGGCUGAGGCCGAUGGUCACAUUGUUCCCCAAACCGAUGAACGCACUCAGGCAUGCCGAGAACUUGUCGCCCAAACAUUCCAUACGAUCGGAGAAGUUUGGGGAGCGACCGAGACGCAACGGUUGGCCGCACAAGCCGUGUAUGCAUUGAGCCCUUCGGUUCUGCCUCGUUUGGGCGCUUCGACCUCGGGAGAGUUCGCUGCAAGAGCUUCUACUGUUUCGUCGCAAAUCGACCUGGCGGGUGUCAUUGAUGGACUGGCGUCGAGCUUAAACUUGCAACAAGCGGCUGGGCAAGGAUUGGGGAACGCACUGGUGCAGCCUUGGCAGCCUGAGAUCUUGGUCGAUGGUGAGUCUGGCGUAGUGUCGUCCUCAUUCAUCUAACGCAGCCGACUACUGACAGUCCUGCUGAAUACAGGACGAGCACUCGGUUCAGGACCGUACGGCCAAGGCAACCGCUCCGUCACGAAUCUCAGCAACGUCGGUCUCAAUCGCGGAGGUUCCAUGGCCGAACGUCGAUCGCUCCGGGCGCCUUCACUUGUCGAUCUUCAAUCCUCUCUCGGAAGUCGAGCCGCCAGUGCACGAGGAAGUGCGGCGGCCUCUAUCGCCAGUACAAAUGCGUAUUCGUUGGCCAACUCUGCAAAUGCACCCGGUACGGGCGCCCCAUCGGGUCGGAGGACGAGCAAGGCCAAGGCUUCGGCGGUGUUGGAACGUUUAAGCGUCUCCGCGGCCAAGAAGACGUCCGUCGUCCUGCCUCAGGCUCUGCGAGGAAACGGAGAGGUCUAA